GAUGUUCAACUCAUCGCCUUGACAUCAUACAGCUAACAUGAAGCUUUUCCUGCUCACGUUUGUGGUCUGCUUCGCGGCAGCUCUAGCAGCACCAGCCGAUAAGCAAAAGAGGGACAUCCUGCCGGGCGAUCCACGAUACGGAACUGAGCAUGAUCAUCAUCACGAACACGAAAAUGAGGUACAACCUCAGCAAACCUACGGACCGCCUAGCCAUAUACCAGGCAAGCCUUUGGGAGCUGAUUUCUUCGCGACCAGUGAUGCUGACAAAACUCCCUCCAUCCUCGUGCCAUCCACCUCCUACGGAAUACCCGAUACCACUCAGAUUCUCACCAACUUCCUUGGAUCCGUUGAUGACAAAAACUCUGCUGUUAUAAAAACGACCGUUCAGGAACAUCCGAAAUUCGAUACCGUGCAUGUGCAGAAAACAAUCCCAGAGCAAACAGCGAUUGUUCACAAGCAUGUGGAAACCGCUCCGCAAGUGAAGACAACGACUUCUCAUUUGCCUACUGAGACCCAAGGUGUGUCCUCUUUAAUUUCUGCUUUCAACACCUUCCCCAAUUACGCCUCGUAUUCCUCGUACAACAGCAUACCCCUGAAAACCGUGGAUCACCAUGUGCAAGUGCAAGUACCUCAACCGUAUCACGUACCGGUGACCAAGCAUGUCGCUGUUCCCGUUCCAGUUCCGCAUACAGUCGAAGUUCCUAAACCCUACUACGUCCGUGUGCCCCAACCUGUUCAAGUCCCCGUGGAUCGUCCAUAUCCCGUGGUAGUGCCUCGUCCAGUGCCAUACCCCGUUCAUCAUUACGUAAAAACCAGCGUUCCAGUUGCUCAUCCAGUUGUUCAUCCAGUUGCUCAUCACGUGACGGUGGAUACCAAGGCUAAUCCAGUACAAACCUUCUUCGACAAUCCCCAGUUGGCGUUCCAAAACGUAUUUGGAAAUCUUCCGACUUUCUCAAGUCCUCUGGAUAGCAUUCAGAAUCCGUUUGAGAACUUCGAGUUUCCUUCUAUACCUUUCAUACCAUCCUCCAUAUCCUCAAUACCGUUCUUACCGCAGCAACCUCAACCCGCCGUGCCCUCUUCGACUAGCAGCGACUCAGUUACGGUUGAUAAUGCAGCGCUGAAGGUUGAACCCGUUAAGGUAAAGCCCGUUGUGCAACCGAGCAAACAAGCGUAUAAGCCCUCCACCGCGUGUGCUGGAUGUAUUGUUUCUUCUGCCGCAAACAACAAGCAGGAAUAUGUACAACCCAUCGAUUCCAAUGGUGGUUACGUAUACUAGAAUGUUUAUCUUGUAAUGGACGUUGAUUAAACUACUGGAGUCUCUUAGUAGAAAUAUAUAUUACACGAAGGAUUA